AAAAGGAGACAGUAAGCGUAGCGCGCGCUGUGCGGGGGCAGCGGCGGUACUUGCGCUCUCGAAGCGUUUCCAUUACGCGACACGGCUCCGUUCGCGGCGGCGGUGUUGUAUCCCGACGAAGGGAGGAACAACAUAUUUUUCUUACACGGAAAGAUUUUUCUUCAUUUAUUGUUUUGUUUCUGGCCGCGGAUUUCUGAACACAUUUAAGCACUUCUCCUAAUGGCUGAACAAAGCAGCAGAUACCAGCAGCUGCCCAAUGAGGAAGAGCCAGGAGAGGAUUCCCCGGUGUCAGCCGAUGCCCCCCCGCCCUACAGUAGCAUCGCAGCCGACAAUGCAGCUUAUUUCGACUACAAGGAAGAAGCAGGGUUCCCCAAACCCCCUUCCUACAACGUUGCAACAUCGCUUCCUUCCUACGAUGAGGCCGAGAGAACCAAGGCAGAAGCCACCAUCCCCCUUGUCGCUGGAAGAGAUGAUGAUUUUGUGGCCAGGGAUGACUUUGAGGAUGCUGACCAGCUGCGGAUAGGCAAUGAUGGCAUUUUUAUGCUCACAUUCUUCAUGGCAUUCCUCUUCAACUGGAUUGGGUUCUUCCUGUCCUUCUGUCUCACCACCUCGGCAGCCGGCCGCUACGGGGCCAUUUCUGGAUUUGGCCUGUCGCUCAUCAAGUGGAUCCUCAUUGUUCGCUUUUCGACUUAUUUCCCGGGGUACUUUGAUGGACAGUACUGGUUGUGGUGGGUGUUCCUGGUUUUGGGAUUCCUGCUCUUCCUCAGGGGGUUCAUUAAUUACGCCAAGGUCCGCAAAAUGGCCGACUCCUUUUCCACCCUCCCUCGAACCCGAGUCCUCUUCAUUUACUGAAGGUGUAUUUUGAAAUCGAAACAAAAAUCACUCCCCGUAUUAAAGCCCCAGAUGCAAAAGAAAAGAAAACAAAGCAAACUUUCGGGGAGACGUCUUCUGCACACCUGCAAGAAGUUCGGGGGGAGGUGGGGGGAGGGGGAGGAACAAGCCACAGAAGAAGAGAGAAAAUUAGAUUUAAUUAACAUUCUUCUGUUCAUGAAUGAGACAUUAAUUUUUAUGUUUCUAAAUGUACAACUUUACUAGUGGAUGCUUACAGUUCUGUAGCCAUUCAGUCAUUAGUGACUAAUGUUAAGUGCUAUUUGCAAUCAAGUUUGUGAUGUAUGAAUAAUGCCUUAUACUGUCUGUCAUCCGUCUGUCCUGGAGUCGCAUGCUCAUGGCCCUUAUUAGCCAGUAGGGGGCAGUCUUGUUUCUCUUCAGUUUGAUCACAAUGCAUUUAAUUUGAAAAGGGGCUUAAGAUAGCUAUUCACAGAAUUGUUUUAGGAGCAACAUUUAUAGCUCUGGCAACAAAUUCCUGCACUUUUCGAAACAAAAAUGGUUGCUUGACAAAUUAAUGUAAAUUUUUUUCAAAUUUUUUGAAGGAAGGAGCAUUUCAGUUCCUAGAUAGAGGAGCCUAUGUAUUGCUUGGGGCCGGAUUACUUGGAAAUACUCUGUGUGGAUUUUGCUGCCAUACCGGUACUGUAUAGGAGAUUCUGUUAGGUAAAGCGUACACCUUCACUAUUUAUGAAAAGAUGGGUUUGGAAGUUGACAUGUUCUUAGAUCAAUGAAGUAGGUUUCCGAUGCAUUGACUUUCGCUCGGUUUCAUUGCCAGGGGGUUGAGCUCUAAACUCACUUGUUGACGGGGCUUGUUAAAGAUGCGCUCUGGACCACAGUUUCCAGAGACCCAAUGUGAGGUCUGCACUUUUCUGGACAGUCUUCCAGAAAAUGAUUCAAAUAUCAUGCUUUACUAAGUGAGUAGCUUUACUACAAAGAAUGUCCCUUUUUUUUUUUUUUUUUUUUUUCCCCCCCCCUCCCCCCCUCUUAAACUUCAGGGUCUUUAAUUUAGCCUCCAUAAUCCUGCAUUUCUGAAUAACGGAGUAUGUUGGUAUGAAAAGCUAAUAAAAUGGAAUAUUUUAUCCACAUUGACUUUGAAGGUAAAUUUAAACUUUUUUGGCGUAUGAAUUCACAUAUCGUCCACUUUCCUUUCUCACUGCAUAAUAAUAUUGGAGUUUUGCUUACAGAAAUGUGUAUUAAUGUAAAUAUUCAAACUAUGCUUAAUAAAUGUUGCUUCCAUAGGCAG